AUGGCGCUGCGGGUCCGAGCGCUCUACGACUUCAGGUCGGAGAACCCUGGGGAGAUCUCGCUGUGGGAGCACAAGGUGCUGAGCCUCUGCAGCGAGCAGGACAUCGAGGGCUGGCUGGAGGGCGUCAACAGCCGAGGCGACCGCGGCCUCUUCCCGGCCUCUUACGUGCAGGUGAUCCGCUCCCCGGUCACCGAGCUGCCGCCGACGUCCCGCUAUGCCAACCUCUCCUCCGGCAGCUUUGAGCCGCUGCCGCCCCAUUCCACCUUCAAGCCGGCAGCACUAGAGCUCUUCUCGCUCCCCGCCGCCGCCGGGUACCCUUUCUCACUGGUGCCCUACGGCAGCUCCUACCAACCCAGCCAGGGCAGCGAUGACGACUGGGACGACGACUGGGAUGAAAGCUCCACGGUGGCCGAUGAGCCAGGUGCCCUGGGUAGCUCCUACCAUGACUACGAGGUGACGGGCAGCCAGGCCUCUGGCCACUACUGCCUAUCCACGCAAUCCAAGCUGUCCCUGAGACCCCGCAGUGGCCACCUGGCAGGCCACCCACACCCACCCAGCAGCGGUGCCAAGAGCUCGGCCACGGUGAGCCACAACCUCAACCGCUUCUUCAUCUUUGUCAAGUCUGGUGGGGAGGCCUUUGUGCUGGGUGAAGCAUCAGGCUUCGUGAAGGACAGGGACAAACUAUGUGUAGUGCUGGGCCUCCAGGGCCCUGAGUGGCAGAAGAACCCUUACCCCUUCCAGUGCUCCAUUGAGGACCCCACCAAGCAGACCAAGUUCAAGGGCAUGAAGAGCUACAUUGCCUACAAGCUGGUGCCCAGCCACACCAGGCAGCAGGUGCACUGCCGCUACAAGCACUUUGACUGGCUCUACGGGCGCCUGGCUGAGAAGUUCCCUGUCAUCUCUGUGCCCCACUUGCCAGAGAAGCAGGCCACUGGUCGCUUUGAGGAGGACUUCAUCUCCAAACGUCGCAAAGGCCUGGCUUGGUGGAUGGACCACAUGUGUAGCCACCCUGUGCUGGCUCAGUGUCAUGCUUUCCAGCACUUCCUCACCUGUCCCAGCACGGAUGAGAAGGCCUGGAAACAAGGCAAGCGCAAGGCUGAGAAGGAUGAGAUGGUGGGUGCCAACUUUUUCCUGACCAUCAGUGUCACCACUGGCCCUGAGGCCAGCCUGGACUUGCAAGAGGUGGAAAGCCAGGUGGAUGGCUUCAAAGCCUUCACAAAGAAGAUGGACAAAAGCACCCUGCAUCUUAAUCACACGGCGAAUGAGUUUGCCCACAAACAAGUCACUGGUUUCAAGAAAGAAUACCAGAAGGUGGGGCACUCCUUUAAGUGUCUCAGUCAGGCGUUUCAGCUGGACCAGCAGGCCUUUUCCACUGGCCUCAACCAAGCCAUAGCCUUCACUGCAGAAGCCUAUGAUGCUAUUGGGGACCUCUUUGCAGAUCAGCCCUGGCAGGACCUAAAUGCUGUGAUGGAUUUGUUAGCACUGUAUCAAGGGCAUUUGGCCAACUUUCCAGACAUCAUCCACAUCCAGAAAGGUAACACCUUUACGUCUGUGAAGGAAAGUAAGCUACAUGUAGAAGAGGGGAAGAUGGAGCUCCAAAAAGCUGAGGGUAUUCAAGAAUGCUGUAACAUUAUUUCUUUUGUGACCCUAGCAGAAAUUAAUCAUUUCCACAAAAUUCGUGUGAGGGACUUUAAAUCACAGAUGCAACAUUUCUUGCAACAGCAAAUACUCUUUUUUCAAAAAGUGACGCAAAAGCUAGAAGAAGCUCUUCACAAGUAUGACAGUGUUUAA